AUGUUUGCGGCAACAGACGCGCCGGACAUACUACGAGUCGCUUCUUGGGAUAAGACGAAAUGUAAAAUGAGGAAGCAUUACGAUGACGAUGACUAUCUGACGGUGACAGGAGAACCGUCGUCGGUGGCAGCUGCAUCAUGGGAUGAGAAGAAAUGGAAGAAGAAGCAUUGCGAUGACGAUGACUAUCUGACCGUCACGGAGAAUCCUAAACGAUUGAUUGUCACCAAAUAA